AUGGCUGGUACAUCUGAGCAGUUGUAUGUCUCAUCACCUGGCCCGUACAUCAUGGCGACCGCAACUCCCACUCAUCCCCCUCUUUUACCCACAGAGUCAGACGUACCUUCACUCGCGCCUGGAUCUUACGAUAUUGAGAAACAGCGAGAAGGACCUGUACAUAUAUCCUCUCAGAGCGAGUAUGAAACCGUCGUGUCUGAAUUUCAGCAGUCAGAUACUGUCAUCAUCGACUGGGACGGUCCUGAUGAUCCAUUAAACCCAAGAAAUUGGUCAACAAGAAAAAAAUGGGCGGCAGCCGCGACAGUGUCGGCAUUCACGUUUAUUUCUCCAGUUUCGUCUUCCAUGCUUGCACCAGCAGUUGAGCAAGUGGCACAAGAAUUCAACAUCACCAACAGCACAGAGAUUGCCCUCACUAUAUCCGUCUUCGUUCUCGCAUAUGCCGUCGGGCCGCUGUUUCUUGGGCCUCUCAGUGAAAUAUACGGACGUGCACUCAUUCUCCGAGCUGCAAACUUGUGGUUCCUAGCAUGGAAUCUCGGAUGCGGCUUCGCUCAGAACAAGGGCCAAUUAAUUGCCUUCCGAUUUUUAUCCGGACUGGGAGGUAGUGCACCUUUAGCUACUGGUGGUGCAGUGCUUAGCGACAUGUGGCUACCUGAGCAGCGAGGGGAAGCAAUCGCGAUAUACUCUCUGGCACCCCUACUCGGGCCUGUAAUUGGUCCGGUUGCUGGUGGAUGGAUCGCUGAAAGGUCUACUUGGCGGUGGGUAUUUUGGUCUACAACCAUCGCUGCUGCGAUUGUCCAGGUCUGCAGUAUACCUUUCCUUAAAGAGACGUUUGCGCCAGUGCUUCUGGAGAAAAAGGCAGCUCGCGUACGGAAGGAAAUGGACGUCGAAAAGGGUAAUCAACGUGCGGUUCGGACGGUUUUCCAAACGCCAGAGAGGGUGUGGAAACAACUGAUCCUAAAAGCAAUGGUCAGACCGUUCGUCCUCUUGAUUCAAGAGCCGAUCAUUCAGCUAGUUGCCCUUUACCUCGCAUUCAUAUAUGGCGUCAUUUACUUGGUUUUAACAACUAUUCCGGACAUCUUCUCGAAUGUUUAUCACGAGAAUGUUGGUAUUGGAGGUCUGCAUUAUAUUGCCCUUGGCCUUGGAUUGUUUUUAACUUCCCAAGCCAACGCACGGCUACUCGAUCGUGUCUACAUCUACUUUAAGAUGCGUAAUGGCGGUGUCGGACGACCUGAGUUUCGACUACCUACUGUCCUUCCUGGCGCCUUUUUCCUGCCGAUCGGGCUGUUUAUGUCCGGGUGGGCGGCGGAGAAGCAUGCUCCAUGGAUUGUCACCGACAUCGGCCUUGCGUUCAUUGGAUCUGGAAUGAUCUUAACAUUUCAAGGGAUGCAAACAUAUGUUAUUGACGCUUUCACGACAUACGCGGCGUCUGCUUUGGCAGCGGUUUCCUGCUUCCGCUCGUUAGCUGGCUUCGGCUUUCCUCUGUUCGCACCACCCAUGUACAACGCGUUGGGAUAUGGAAAAGGGAACACUAUCCUGGCAGCAGUUGCUCUUGCUAUCGGGCCGCCAUCAGUUUUCAUGUUCUGGAAAUAUGGUGACAGAAUCAGAGGGAUGAGCAGAUACGCAGGGAAAUCAGCACUUUCUGCUAAGAAGGAGAAACAGUAA